AUGAUGAGUGCCAAGACAGUCGCUCAGUUAGCUAAGAAGUGGCACAGGGUGGCGGCCAUAGGAAGGAAAAGGCUCACCUGGAUGUCAUCAAUGUCAGCAGAAGAAGAAACCGAAGGGUCAUGUGGCACAUCGUACUCAUCGGUGGCUGGCAAGGGCCACUGCGUUGUGUACAUGACUGACGGCAUGCGGUUUGAUGUGCCACUGGCGCUCCUAGGCAUGACGGUCUUCAGUGAUCUCUUGCGGAUGUCCCAAGAGGAGUUCGGCUUCGCAGGCACCGAUGGUGGCAAAAUCACGCUGCCCUGCGAUGCCUCGGUGAUGGAGUACGCCAUUUCCAUGCUCAGGAGAAGCGCUUCCACGGAGAUGGAGGCCACGUUCCUCAGCUCCAUGGCGAUGUCAUGCCACUAUCAUGCCGAGCCUCAUCUGGGAGUUAGCCAGCACUUUGGUGUCUGCAGCUCCCGAUUACAAACCAACCGUGGAGAUAUAGAAAAAUUAGAAAACGGGAAAUUGUUUAUGUGA